AUGGGUGCUGAAGAAUCAACAACUAACACAAAAUAUAUAGAAUGCCUUUCCACCCUUACAAAGAAGGAUUGCUCCAAGGACGAGAAGUUCUGGAUCAGUCUUAUCUCAAUGGCUCCACCGAGAAACCAAACUUUACCAUCUCCUAAAAUUUUAUUCGACAUAACAGCACAUUAUCCACAAAAUAUUAUCGGAUUAUACCAGACAUGUGUAAAAUACAUGGAAAUUAAUGAAAAAUUAUCAUCAGAUCAACCAUUACCAACAGUUUUCACAGAUCAGUUUGCUUUUGUAUUAAAUUUAAUCAACAUGAUGUCUGCAGUUCUCAUACAAACAAAGCAUUUCCAUCCAAUUCUUAAAGAAAUUUUAGGAACAAAUGAAUCAACAGAAAACUCUCAGAAAGACAAACAAAAUGAGCCAAAACCAGAAGAAAAACAAGAAACUGCUACUACAGAAUCAGAAACAAAGGUAGAAGAGAAGGAAAAUAAAGAAGAAAUUGCAUCCAAAGAAGAAUCAGAAAAGAAAGAAGAAAAUCAAGCUAAUGAUGAAACAGACAAGAAAAAGAAUAAACAAACUCAAGAAGAAACCGAAAAUAAAGAAAAAAUUGAAGAAAAUAAAGAAGAUAUUCCACCAAAACAAGGAACAGAGAACAAAUCAGAACAACCAACGGAAUCUACAGAAAAUAAAGAAACUACAGAACAAAAACAAGAAGAAAAAACAGAAAAUACAGAAAAAGGAACUUCAGAAAAUAUUAUUCCAUUCGAAUUACAAAGAAUCAAUUCACCAAACAGUUCUUUAUACGUCCGAUUCCUCCAAUCAGCCUACAAUACACUUUUCAGAGAAAAUAUUACUUUAUUCAACGAAGAAACAUUCUGGCUUGAGAAGAAUGAAGACUAUACGCAAUCUAUUAGCCGUUUAGACCUAAUCCACUCGAUUUUGUUCAAUAUUAAUCUUCCAUAUUUUGCCAAAAUCGUUGGAACUGAAGAAGUUGCCAUGCCAAUAGAUAAUUUAGAGUUUCCAUACCAUGAAUUCGUAAUAUCUGUCUUCUAUCUGAUUCAUCAUCAUUUUUAUGACCUUGGAGCCAAUCCUUCAGACGUAAUGACCUCUCUAAUGAAGAAUUCUCUUGCUCUGUCUGCAUAUUUCCUUGUUCAUGAUCACAAUAUAUUGACCGCUAUGUCAGAUUUGGAAAAUACUGUUCCAUUGACAACAGUAAAACUUGCUUUACAGAGAAUUCUUGCUAAUCCAAGUCAUCUUUACUUUAGGGAAUCAGUAGCCAUCAUUUAUGGCCUUUUGUAUUCAGAUCCAGACACAAUUCAAGUUUUCGCUGAGGAUGGAUCGACCAAUGAGAUGAUAUUUGCACUCCUCCAGUACCUCCAGUCAUCGUACGAACAGGGUGGAUUGAGUUUUGUCCAUGUUUUGAUAGUUUCCAUCAUAGAACUCUUCAUACAGAACUCGUUAACCGCUGCUUCCCUUAACUGCCCAUUUAAUGCAUCCUUCCUUGCCACUUUCAGGCCACAUCGUGGAACUUACGCCGAUUUAUUAUUUGAGAUCCUUAUGAAUUUCAUCGGUAAGGAGCCACUGAGCUUACAGAUAUUCUCCACAUUCGCAAAUCUCGCUGGAUACAUUGACGAAAUCACUCUCUAUAACUCAGUAAAAAUCGGAAAUGCUAUUGAACACCUUAUAACAUCAAAAGACCUUGAUGCAAAGAAAGACCAACUUAAUGCGGCCCUUACUUUCUUCGCUAAGAUCAUUCAGAAGAAGGAACAUCGUAAUAUUAACAUUCAAUUGAUUGUUUACCAGAAAUCUAAGAUUUUCAAGGAACUCAAGACACGUUUGACUGAUUACAAUGCACCUCUCGAAGUUAUAUUGCAUUUUUGCGAGGCUGCAAAGACAAUUUUCUCAAAUUCAGGCAAAAAGAAUGUUUCUGCCGAAGAAGCUUCUAAGAUUUUAAUGGGAUUGGAUAUGGAAGAGGUAUUCCCCGUUGUCAGAGAGUUUGAGAAGUUCAAACACGAAUUCAACGAUUAUCUCCACGAUGGAAUGAAGAAUUGGGCAACAUCGUUGUUAUCUAGUGUAAUUACUAGAGAAAAGGAAAUCCUCAGGUACGGUGAUCAGAGGAAACAGCAGCAACAGCAAAAAUCUCAAUAA